UUUAUUACUCCGUGUUUGUUCCUCUCUUAUUUAAACCAAACGCCAGCCUCCCUGUGCCUCUCUCCCUUCAUCUCUCUCUCCCUCUCUGCUCUCGUAAAUGAACAUGUUCACGCUCUCUCGCUCUUCACUCCUCCAUUCAUGACAACAAACCCCAUCGCCUGGAAACCCAACCGACGGAGACGACGCACCGGCCAAGGCUAGUCCCACCCCUCUGCUUCUUUCCUUUUCCUUCUCUCACUCUCCUCUCAUGGAGGUUUUGGUGGGUCCUACCUUCACCAUCGACGUUUCCUCAUCCUCCCCUCCUUCUCCGCCGUCUUACCCAAGAGACCACCUUCCCACCUCCGACCCCGACGACCAUACCGUUCCUUCUUGCCUCUCGGCGUGCCCCGCCUCCUUGGACGCCGAGUCCUCCGAGAGCUCCUCGUCUAUCGGAACCCCCGACGAUAGCGACAACGAUCUGUCCUUUAGCAAGGACGGCGACGCCCGUGAAGACGAGGAGGAGGUGCAGAGCAAGUUCCAUGGCCUGGGAUCUCUUGAUGCGUUAGAAGACUCGCUUCCUAUCAAGAGGGGAUUGUCCAGCCAUUUCGAUGGUAAAUCGAAGUCAUUCUCCGAUUUAUCUCAAAUCACCAACGUCAAAGACUUGAAGAAACAGGAGAAUCCCUUCAACAAGAGAAGGCGGCUUCUAAUCGCGUCCAAGCUGUGCAGAAGAUCGGGUUUCUACAGCUGGUCCAACCCAAAAUCCAUGCCUCUCCUGCCCGUGGAGGAAGAUGAAGACGACGUCUACGAAGAAGAAAAAGCCAGAGAAGUUCCGUCCCCAGCGUCCUCGUCACCGCACGAAAACAAACACGAAAAUCCGGUUCAGCUUCGACAGAGCAGAGUCCCGGAAUCUUAUGCCGCUAGGAUGAGGCUCAGACUCGGAAGCAUGAAGGCCAGGAGUUUCUCUCUAGCAGAUCUGCAAGAACAUGACGAAGAAAACGACGACGACGAAGGCUAUGAUUAAUUUUAAACAUUUCAUCCUAUAGCUUUCAUUCUUGGUAUUCUUUCUUUGUUGCUGGUGGUGGUGAUGCGGAUGAUGAUCAUGUUGUUACUAAAUAAAAAUUACAGGAUAAAAGUGUGAAAUAUAUAUAUUAGAAAUCUUAUCUUGCUA